GGCACUUAUCCCCCAUAUUUAGAAUCAUGGCGUCGGAGGUGGAAUUGGCACAGUCCGCGAAGCCGGGUGGCGACACUAUCUUCGGCAAAAUAAUUCGAGGAGAAAUUAAAACUGAUUUCUUAUAUGAAGAUGAGCAGUGUGUUGCCUUCAAUGAUAUUGCGGCUCAAGCCCCAACACAUUUCUUAGUUGUGCCAAAGAAGCCGAUUGUGCGUUUAUCUGAUGCAACUGAGUCUGAUGAACAGCUUCUGGGUCACCUCCUCGUCGUUGCAAAGAAAGUGGCCAAAGAAAAAGGUCUGGACAAUGGCUACCGUGUGACCAUCAACGACGGCCCUGAUGGUGGGCAGUCCGUGUACCACAUCCACAUUCAUGUGAUGGGCGGCAGACAGAUGGGCUGGCCUCCAGGCUAAGCUCACGGAGGCUUUCCAUGUUCCUUUUGUUCUAUAACGAGAUGAAUAUUAUUUCAGAAACUGUAUUAUUCCAGGCCUGUUUCCAUGUAAUUUUUUUUAAAGUUUGGCUCAGAUUACCUUUUUUGAAAAAGAAUUUUAUUUGCAUUACUUUUUAUUUCUUUGGAAGAGGAAUGUUUUCCGUCAUGACUGGUAGUGGUUACAUGGUUUUAAUUUUAAACAAACUUUAUUUGUUGAAAAUUGGAUUCAUGCCAAUAUUAUUGCUGAUUGAUGUAAUUCACCCCUUUUGCUACCUAAAAAAAGGUAGGUCAUUUAGUCAAGCCAGUAAAUAAGAAGCAUUUUUGCCAAACUGGCUGGAAAAGUUUACCUGACAUGGUAUUUGGUUUAAGAUUAUCAUCCCUAGCUACGAAGUAUAGAAUGCAUGGUGUUGGUUUCCAAUGUUGUUUGUGUGAUUUCCCUUUAUCCUGUGAGUUGUUCAGCCAUAAUCACCACUGUCUUCACGCCUUUUCAUUUAAGCUAAUUUUUUUUUCCUUUAUUUUAGAAGAGGAUUUUUUUGCUCAAUAUUGAGACUCACUUUUUUUUCUUUACUCGCUUUACACCAGUUGGGAAUCAGAUAUUUUUCAGCCAUAAAUGUCCGUUGAGGCAGGUUUUUAACUAAAGCUUUUUCUCACUCAGUAGAUGCUUGAUAACUUUAGUUGUUCUGUUCUCUAAAGACACUGAGGUGUUAAUGACUGGGUGAAAGAUUCAUGCCAUUAAACUUGUUUGUCCUCAGCUCUUA